AUGCGGCUUGUCCGAUACCAUUCCCUCAAUGCGCCCACGAUGAUUCAGCUCAAGACAUUACUAAAUUGCAUCGACAACUCCGGUGCCUCGGUCGUCGAGUGCGUCAACGUCCUCAAGAAGAAACGGCCCGCGACAAUUGGUGAUCGAAUUGUCGUCGUCGUCCAGAAGCAGAGGGCCGCUGGAUCCUCCGAGGGUUCAAGCGCUACGGCCCUCGCAAACAAGGUCCGCCGCGGUGAUAUCCGGCAUGCUGUUGUCGUUCGUGUGAAGAAGGAAUUGCAGCGGGAGGAUGGCACCGUUGUUCGAUUUGGAGACAAUGCCUGUGUGCUGGUGAAUAAGGCUGGAGAUCCUAUUGGAACGAGAAUGAACGGUCAGUCCCCAAUUGCCCGGCUCAACGUGGAACUGCUGAGCCUUUUUGCCCCCGGAUGA